GGCCAUGGGCUGCCGCGCCCGCCCCGCGCCCCGGCACUGAAGCAGAGCCAGCCCCGACGCGCACAUGUUGAGACACAGCAAUUCUAAAGACAUGCAUCGGAGGCAUGCCACCCUUCGGGAGAAGGGCCGGCGCCAGGCCAUCCGAGGCCCUGCCUACAUGUUCAAUGAGAAAGGCACCAGCCUCACUGCAGAGGAGGAACAUUUCCUCGAUUCUGCAGAAUAUGGCAACAUUCCUGUUGUGCGAAAAAUGCUGGAGGAGUCCAAAACCUUGAACUUCAAUUGCGUCGAUUACAUGGGACAAAACGCCCUCCAGUUAGCGGUGGGGAAUGAGCACCUGGAGGUGACAGAGCUGCUCCUCAAGAAGGAGAAUCUCGCUCGAGUUGGGGAUGCACUUCUGUUGGCCAUCAGUAAAGGAUACGUGCGCAUUGUAGAAGCAAUAUUGAACCACCCCGCCUUCGCACAAGGACAGCGUCUCACACUCAGCCCUCUCGAGCAGGAACUGAGAGAUGAUGAUUUUUAUGCUUAUGAUGAAGAUGGAACUCGGUUCUCCCAUGACAUUACUCCCAUCAUACUUGCUGCCCACUGCCAGGAGUAUGAAAUUGUUCAUAUCUUACUUCUAAAAGGUGCUCGGAUUGAAAGGCCACAUGACUAUUUUUGCAAGUGCAAUGAAUGUAUGGAAAAGCAGAGGAAGGACUCCUUUAGUCACUCUCGCUCAAGAAUGAAUGCUUACAAAGGAUUAGCCAGUGCUGCUUAUUUGUCUCUGUCCAGUGAAGACCCUGUGCUUACUGCUCUGGAGCUUAGCAAUGAAUUGGCCAGGCUAGCCAACAUUGAAACUGAAUUUAAGAACGACUACAGGAAGUUAUCUAUGCAAUGCAAGGACUUUGUGGUGGGGGUGCUGGACUUGUGCAGAGACACUGAAGAAGUGGAGGCCAUUCUGAACGGAGAUGUGAACAUCCAUUUGUGCCCUGAGCACCACCGGCCGAGUUUGAGCAGGAUAAAACUGGCUAUUAAAUACGAGGUCAAAAAGUUUGUUGCUCACCCCAACUGCCAGCAGCAAUUGCUCACCAUGUGGUAUGAAAACCUCUCAGGCUUGAGGCAGCAAUCCAUAGCUGUGAAGUUCCUGGCUGUCUUUGGGGUCUCCAUCGGGCUGCCCUUCCUUGCCAUAGCCUACUGGAUCGCUCCCUGCAGCAAGCUGGGACGUACCCUUCGAAGUCCUUUCAUGAAGUUUGUGGCUCAUGCAGUUUCUUUCACAAUCUUCCUUGGCCUGUUAGUAGUGAACGCUUCAGAUCGGUUUGAAGGAGUCAAAAAUCUCCCCAAUGAGACCAUCACCGAUCAUCCAAAACAAAUAUUCAGAGUCAAAACAACCCAGUUCUCAUGGACAGAACUGCUGAUCAUGAAGUGGGUAUUGGGUAUGAUUUGGUCAGAGUGCAAGGAGAUUUGGGAAGAGGGUCCACGUGAAUAUGUGGUGCAUCUCUGGAAUCUGCUGGACUUUGGGAUGCUGUCCAUCUUCGUGGCAUCAUUCACUGCCAGAUUCAUGGCUUUUCUUAAAGCAUCUGAGGCACAACAGUACGUAGAUCAGUACGUUCAAGAUGAUGACCUCAAUAAUGUCACCCUUCCCCCUGAAGUUGCUUACUUUACCUAUGCCAGGAACAAGUGGCUUCCCUCGGAUCCCCAGAUCAUUUCAGAAGGCCUGUAUGCAAUAGCCGUGGUACUCAGCUUCUCCCGCAUUGCUUACAUUCUUCCAGCCAACGAGAGCUUCGGCCCCCUGCAGAUCUCCCUGGGGAGGACUGUGAAGGACAUCUUCAAGUUCAUGGUCAUCUUCAUCAUGGUGUUCCUAGCCUUCAUGAUUGGGAUGUUCAACCUUUACUCUUACUACCUUGGUGCAAAGUACAACCCUGCAUUUACAACGGUAGAAGAAAGUUUUAAAACCUUAUUCUGGUCAAUAUUUGGCUUAUCUGAAGUGAUAUCUGUGGUGCUGAAGUACGACCAUAAAUUCAUUGAGAAUAUUGGAUAUGUACUCUAUGGAGUAUAUAACGUGACUAUGGUGGUUGUGCUGCUUAAUAUGCUAAUAGCCAUGAUCAACAACUCCUAUCAGGAAAUUGAGGAUGCGGAUGUGGAGUGGAAGUUUGCACGUGCCAAGCUCUGGCUAUCCUACUUUGAUGAAGGAAGGACUUUACCUGCUCCUUUUAAUCUAGUGCCAAGCCCUAAAUCAUUUUAUUAUCUCAUACUGAGAAUAAAAAUGUGCCUCAUAAAACUCUGCAAAUCUAAGGCCAAAAACUGUGAAAAUGACCUUGAGAUGGGGAUGCUGAAUUCAAAAAAACGGAAAGUUCGUUUUCACUCUAGCAUUCAAAACACAGAGAGUUUUUCUGGGAAGAACGCUUAUAGCAAGCCCACAAGAUACCAGGUGACAACCCUACCUCCCUCUGGAUUCUACUACCUUGGCCAUCUCCAACACACCAAGAUAAUGAAGCGUCUGAUUAAGCGCUAUGUGCUGAAGGCUCAGGUUGACCGGGAAAAUGACGAGGUCAAUGAAGGAGAACUUAAAGAAAUCAAACAAGAUAUUUCCAGUCUCCGCUAUGAACUCUUAGAAGAAAAGUCCCAAGCUACUGCUACUGGUGAGCUGGCAAAACUAAUACAGCAGCUGAGUGACAAGUUUGGGAGGACCUUAAAUAAGGACAUUUGA